AUGUUUUUUAUUUACUUUAAUUCAAUCAUUUUAUUCAAAAUCCUAGACGAUGAUUUUCAGUCACCAAAGAUAAAGUCGAAAAAGCUUGCUAAGAGUUCACGACUCAAUUCUUCAGAAGAUGAGAAGCCUAAUGCGGUCUCCAAGAAGCGGGCAUCUCAUAUUUCCAAACGGAAAAUUCCAACAUUUGAAGAAGGCGAAGCGGUUGAUGAACUCGAGCAAAAACCGGCUCCUCCCUCAAAGCGUCGGAAAUCCAUAUUUGCAUCAGAUCUUAUUGAUCCUGACAAGGGUUCUUCCAAAAGGAAAGUUCAACUAACUUUCGAAGAGAGUCUUAAGAAAGGCACUGAAAAAAAUAAGUCCGAUGCACCAACCAAAACCGCUAAAACAUUGCGCGACUUCUUUUCAAAAUCAAACGUUGAUGGCCAGCCUAAAAAAGAAGUUAGAAAGGAAGUGAAGGUUGACGAUUUCUUUUCUUCUUCCUCUACUCAUAAGACUCCAACUAGAAAGGAGUCGGUAUCUCUAGUUCCCGAGACACCCCCCUGCUUUCAAGAUGAUGAUGAUGAUGAUGGAAUUCGUCUUUCGCCUUCGGUAGAUAGAAAGUCUCUUGGUCCUGAUGGUAUAAGGAAAUCGAAGCCUUCUGUCACUAAGAUUGAUGAUAAUUUAACUUCUAAGAGUAGUCCCAAAACUCCAGUUAGUACGCUGAAGUCGGGCGAUGAGCGCAGGACGCCAUUGAAGAAGGUCUCAUCUGCAACUCAUAAAGAUAAGACGACACGUUCUCCUAAACCCUCAGAUGGCCUGAAAUCCCCUUCGAAAAGCGUACCUCAAGAAUCAGCAGCUCCAUCCACGCCAGCUCAGUCGAAGCACUUUCCUGAAGAGCAAUCUACUACUACUCCCAAACGAACUCCAGGUGGUGGUAGGGCCUCAUUCUGGCAAUUCCAAAAUCGUGAUGGUCCCCAAGCCUUGGGAUCUAGACCUAUUCCACAGGGUACAUCAAUGUGUUUCAAUGGCAAAUCCUUCGUAAUCACUGGAGUGUUGGAAUGCAUCGAGCGAGAUGACGUGCAAUCCCUAAUCGAACGCGGUGGUGGUCGUGUCACUAAGGCCGUCAGCAAGAAGACAGCCUACCUCGUGGUUGGUCGUGAUCCUGGCAACUCCAAAAUCGAUAAAGCUGCUAGUCUUGGCACGAAACAGAUAACUGAGGAGGAGUUUUUUGAACUGGUUGAUAAGGGAUUCAAUUCCAGUAAUGCCAAGAAGGAUGAUUUUCCUAGUCUUGGAUCAUCUGUCACUAUCUCCAAGGAACGUCUAAUGACAUCAUCAUCAUCAUCCACGAAUUACCUAGAGAAGGAGAAAGUGAAAAAGACCAAAUCCCCGGUUAUGCUCACUGAUAGACCAGUGCUACCUACCUCCCAAACUACUUCCAAGCUGGAACCUUCGCAGUCAUCACUACUUACUCUCGGUAUUCAAGAGCUCUGGAUAGAGAAAUAUCGACCGAAAUUCAGAAGGCAGUUAGUUGGGCAGAAUGGGCCUUCUAGCCCAGCUAAUCGAUUAUUUAAUUGGUUAUCUUCUUGGCAGGAAGAUUACGCAGCUGGUCGCAAGGAAAAGGGCUAUCAAUCGGCUCCUCCAUGGGCUUCCGGCAAUUCAUCAGAUACCGGUUCCUGGGCUCGAGCAGCCCUUCUUUCGGGCCCUCCAGGAAUUGGAAAGACCUCUACCGCUUCGGUAGUUUGUACUGAAGUUGGUCUGGCAACUAUUGAGCUGAAUGCAUCUGAUACUCGGUCGAAGAGGUCACUGAAAGAUGAGGUCUCUCAAGCCUUAGGAAUGCGCUCCCUCGCUGGGUGUCUCACAGGUUCUGAUGCUAAGGCAUCAUCUCUUACCUCCCACGUUCUGAUUAUGGACGAAGUCGACGGUAUGGCAGGAAAUGAAGAUCGUGGCGGGAUGCAAGAACUCAUUGGAAUCAUCAAGACAUCCAAAGUUCCAAUUAUUUGCCUUUGUAAUGAUCGGCAAUCACCAAAAGUUCGUUCUCUCGCAAACUAUUGUCUAGAUCUACGAUUUCACAGACCACGUAUUGAGCAAAUUAAGUCUGCCGUGUUGUCACUCGCCUGUCGUGAAGGUGUUAACAUUAAUACGGCUACUCUCAAUGAAAUAAUCGCUGCUAGCAAUCAAGACAUGCGACAGGUGAUAAACUCUGUUCAACUCUGGUGUAUGAAUGGUGGAAGUACAACUACACCAGAUUCAGAUAUAACAGCAAAUGCAGCAGUUGUUCACAAAGAUCUCCAUUUAAGUCCUUUCGAGGUGAUCCGCAAGGUCUUUGCGGUCAACAAUGAAGAGAACAAGCCAAUGAGAUUUAAUGAAGCUCUAGAUCUGUUUUUCCAGGACUACUCUAUUGGUCCGUUGUUCGUGCAAGAAAACUACCUCAAUGUUCGACCUCUGGCUGCAAAUGGCAAAACUCAGCAGACGCUGGAUCUGAUGGCUGUGGCCGCUUCAGACAUAGCACAGGGCGACAUUGUGAGCCGUAUGAUUCAAUCAUCAGGUGGAUGGUCGCUUCUUCCCACUCAAGCCGUCUUCUCAUGCCUUCGUCCUGGCCGUCUUCUUCGUGGACCAUUGCCUGGAGGCCCGGGUGGCGUUUUGUUCCCCUCGUGGCUUGGAAAGACCUCCACUCAAAACAAAAAUGCCCGAUUGCUGGGCGAGUUGUCUCAACAUAUGAGGCUGUCUACCCAUGGAGGAGCUACGGAUCCAAGAUCCCUUCUACUGGAUUACCUCCAUCCUCUUGCUAUUCGUUUGUCAGCUCCUCUUAAAGAAGGCGAUAUUGACAACGUGUUGAAGUGUCUUGACAAUUAUCAGCUCCUUCGAGAGGAUAUGGAUAACAUUAUGGAUUUAACCACUUGGCAGGGCCGACCUAGUCUAAUGAAGACUAUCGAUGCCAAGGUGAAAUCCGCUCUCACUAGGAGUUACAAUAAGGGAUCACACCUUGUACCCUACGCGACUGAACUCAUUGGAGAGGGCAAGAAGAAAGGCAGAAAGAAGACAGAAGUAUUCGUUGAUGGCGAGGAAGGUGAAGCCAAUCAGCUUCUUGGAGAUGUCUCCGAGGAGAGCAGUGCUGAAGACGAAGCAGAGAUUCAAAAACUGGCCAAAGUUAAGCCGAUCGGAAAGACAUCUUCCAAGGAUAACGAUUCUACAUCGACGUCUUCAAAGGCUCCUAAGAAAGCCCGAGCUGCUGGAGGUGGGCGCAAGAAGAAAGAGACCUAG